AUGUUGCCUUUUAAAAGAACUUAUGAAUCUUCUGUGGAUCCUGAAGAUAUUCGUGAUAUUGAAGAAAUUGAAUCCAAUAAACAUUUUUGUUCGCAACAGUUUCAAGCACGUGACUUUUUACAGUUUCAGCAACAAAUUUUCUUUGAUUCUCACCUAUAUGCUCAAGAUGAUUUAUCUAUGAUAAAUGAUUUCGAAUUGUAUUCUCAGAUUCAACCUCCAACGUCAAUAUCUGUUAAUGUAAUGGAUCCAACUCCAUCUACAAGUAUUGACGAUAAAUCAUCUCUAACGUCUGAAGAGUUUCAACGUCUCAAGAAAAUUGUCGAUAUAUUUAUGAAAUCAAAUAAUUCUUCUAAUAUAACUUCUUCUUUAAAAAACCGGGAUUCAACUUCUAUUAUUCUUAAUUUUUCAACUUGCAUUAAUGAGCAAACUGAUAUAAAAUUAAUAUCUUCUCCUUUAAAUUCUUUAAUUAAUUCCACUUUUCUAAAUUAUUAUUAUUUAGUUGAUUUGAUUUUAAAAGUGAACAAAAACAUGAACACUAAUUCAACUUUUUUAAGUCAAGAUAUAAGAUCCCCAAAAUUGACUACCUAUUGUAUAAAAUACACAAAUAAUACUCGCACAUUUAGCCCAUCUGGGCUUUCGAUAAAUCCUUCAUUAAAUGAUCUUUGUAGAAGUUUGAUUAAUCUUUAUUUUACAAAACUUAAUCCUAUCAUUCCUCUUAUUCAUCCAAAAAGAUUUCGUGAUCAAUGCGAAAGAAAAAAAACAAAACAUUUUGAAUUAUUACUUCACUCUAUUUUAACCAUGGUUUCUGUAAGAUUUCCUUGUGAUCCUUCUUUAAAACAAUCUUCAAAAACACCGGCUAGUAUUUUCUUUAAUUCUGCAAAGAAACUAUUGGAUACAAUGUAUGAUACUCCAAGAUUGGAAACUAUACAAUCAUUAUUGCUUUUAAGUAUGUCUGAACUUAUUCCAUCAAGAUUCGAUAAUGGUUACAUGUUUCUUGGUAUGGCCACAAAACCUCCUGCGCUCGAUUACGUGCCAAAUCGAGUUCCUUUACCAAAAUUAGUUUCAUUUCCUCAAUUAGUGAAAGAUCAUUUUAUAGCGUUUGUAGAGCUUUCGCAUAUUCUUGGACGCAUUUGGACAUUCGGUUAUUCUCUGAGUUCUAAACCAUCAUAUAAAGACUGGCGCCAUCAUUUAGCAAAUCCUGCAAGUGAUCUUAUGAAAAUACGUUCUGCAUUAGCAAAUUGCCCAAUUCAAAUUUGUCUCAAUUCUGCUGUUGCAAUUAUUGAUAUUACAAAAACGACUCGUGAAUUCGACGCUGAUGCAUUUUAUCACUUUGCUUCUGCAAUCUAUGGUCUAUUACAAGCCACAACUAUACAACUCGUUAUUAUGAAUAUAUCAAAAGAAUAUAAAUCUAUCGUUAAAUUAUCAUUAGAAAAUUCUGUCAAGGAAGUAAAGUUGGUUUCUAAACGUUGUGCUCUUCGUAUAUUACAGGAUGCUGCAAACGAAUUAGAAAAUAUUGUAAAAGUCAUUAAUGAAUUGAAAUCUUCCAAUGAUAUCUCUCAAUCAUCUGAAUUUCAAGACGACCAUAAUAAUGAUGAUGAUGGACUUUCAAGCCUAUAA